CUUACUGUUAUGGCUGAUACUAAAGAAGCUAAAAUGCAGAUAACACCAGAAACUCCAGGGCGAGUCAGCAUCCUGAAUCCUUUUGAAAGUCCUAGUGAUUAUUACAGUCUUCAGGAACAGAUUGUUUCCAGUCCUUCAGUCUUCAAAUCAACAAAACACUCACCUACACCAGGAAAAUUUAGAUGGUCUAUUGAUCAGCUUGCUGUAAUAAAUCCUGUGGAAAUUGACUUGGAAGAUGUUCAACGCCAAGCAAUGUAUUUGAGUCAUGAUAGAAUUGAUAAGGAGACAGAAGACAGAAGGCAAAAAGCCAUUGAGGAGUUUUUCACAAAAAGGCUCAUAGUUCCUUCUCCUUGGACUGAACAUGAAGGAAAGCAAGUUUCACAGUUUAAUUCUGGUAAAUAUCUAAAUAACCUUUCUCCAAUUGGAAGACAGCUAACUUUGCAGCCUGACAAAAGCAAUGCUGCUUGUCAGACAGUACUGUCUUUGCCAGUGGAUUUUAAUUUAGAGAAAAUACUAGGUGAAUAUAUCAGAACUGAUGAAUUCUCAGAUCAGUCUCAGGGAAAUCUGAGCUCUUCAUCACUCAGAAGAAAGCUGUUUUUAGAAGAAAAUGGAAGUGUGUCUGAGUGUUUGUCUAUUUCUCCACAUAGUCCAUGUGGUAAUCAGCCACUUGGAGUGCUUUGUUCAAUAGACAUCUCUCCAGUUCGGUGCAGAAGCCCUCUGGAAACACCUAGCUCAGGUCAGAUUUCAUCAAGUCCUAUUCAGGGAGGAGCAAGUAUUUACAGUCUGGGAAGUAUAACCAGUCCCACAUUUCCACAGGGGUCUCCUGCCCCUAAUGGUUCUCCUGCUUUUUCACCAAUUGCUUUUCACAUAAGAAAGACACCACUGUCAGACCAAAGAAAAUUCACAUUUUGUUCUCCAGAUAUUCCUUCUUCCUCAAAUAAAAUUACACCCCCAGCUACAAGAAGUCCUUAUAUAGAUGGUUGUUCUCCAAUUCAAAAGUCUUCUCCUAUGAGACUUGGAGCAUGCAGAACUACUCAGUUUCAGACUUCUGUCAUUAGGAUACCGAUUGCUGUUGAGAACCACAGUGAGAAUGAGGAAGACAAGGAGAAUGCUUCUCCAUCAGAAGCUCGGUUCCCAGAAAUGGAUAAUGGAAUAACUUUACGCCAGCAAGAUGGGGAUACUUUUACACAUGGCACACAUCUUGUGGUAGCAACUGUGUCUAUUGCACCAGAUCACUCAGAAGCUUGUCAUCAAAGGCUGUCACCAUUUCAGGAUAUGGAAGGCUCCAAGGAAAAUAAUACUGUAGAUAUGGCUGACAUAGCUGAAGUGUCAGAGGAAAACAUUUGGAUAAAAGAAACAAUUGGCAAUAGCAAUGCACCAAUGACCAGCUUUAUGACAGGGAUUACUUUCAGUAUUGAAAACUCUCGUGUGUUCAUGUCACCUCUUGCAGAAAGCAGCGGAAUUCCUUGUGACAACAGUAGUAUUCAGGUGGACAGUGGUUAUAAUACACAGACUUGUGGAAGCAGCAUUAUGGAUACUGCGGGGGCCCAAAACAGUUGCAGAGAAAAUGAUGUGAACAUUAACAUGUUUCAGAAUAAAUCUCAGCUGCUUAGAACAAAGGAGGUUUCUGUUUCAAACCAUAAGGACAAUCAAUUGCUGAGACCAAAAUCUCCAGAGAAGCAAUCCUGUUUGCAAAAAGCAAAACCACAUUGUACAGUACUUGGUCAAAAUGCAGCUUGCAACAUUUCUGCCUGGAAACAUCAAAAUGAAAAUCAAGUUCAGGGAUUUUGCAAAGCCGAUAUGUAGUUCUGUGAUGGAGAAGAUUACAUUGUGAUGUCUAAUAAAUUUUUAUGCAUAUGACCUCAGUUACCUGGAUUAUACAUACUAUUUGGGUUUUUUAAUGCAAGUGUAAUAAAUUGUCUGGUAUGUAUUAAGGGGGGGUUAAAUAAUGUGGGAUUCUUCAGGUUUUAUUAACAAAUGUACUGGUAUUAUUAAGCAACCCUUUUGAAAAUUAAGGCAGCUAGACUCGGUGUAAAGAAACCACAUUAGGUUUAUUUUCUGGAAUUGUGUUCUUUCAGUGAUUAGGAUAGAUUCCAUGAGGAGCCUUCUUUUGAAAGGUUGGACCUAAUUUGAACUUGAAGAGGAAUAUUUCAGAUAGGCUGGGCAAACCUGGGGUAACUUGCAUAGGAGCCAGUGUAACUGUAAAACCACCUACAUUUUAAGACUUAAGACAACUUAAAAAGGCAUGAGGGAUUUUUUUCUUUGUGGGAGAGAAAAAGGAGUGUUUAGUUUUCAUUUGAUUGUUUUUUCCCUGAUCAGACGUAUUGUGUGGCUUCAGGAAUGCUAGCAGUGGUGCCAAGAAAGAGUUGCUGGAUAGGAGUGAACUGCUGGGGGUGUGAGGAGGGCUGGGUGCAUGUCUGUGUCAGUCUAAAGGAAAAGUGAUGGAACUCGGCUCUGACUUCAUGAGGAAGGAAUAAGAUCAGUGUCCCAGAAACAGGUCCCUGGAAUACCUAUAUGUUUUUAUACUAGACUGCAAACUGUUAAAAAAAGGGCCUUUGAUUUUAAUACCAGGCUAGUUCGUAAUUAGAUGUUCCUUGUGAACAGCUGCAUAAAAACUGCAUUCUAGUUAUGGAAGUUGAAAAAAAAGUAUGAAAAGUCUGAAAGUCUGAAAAGUAUGAAGUAUGAAAAUAAAACCAACCCCAAAUCUAACUUUAUUAAUAAUAAAGUUUAUGCCCAAAGAAGCCCACUAAUCUUGAAGUGGAUCACCUGACUCCGCCAGUGUCUCCUAAAAGCACUUUGUCCAAACUAAAACUCCAGUACCCUUUUGAGGGAACGUAAGAAGGUGCAAGAAGAUUAAUUGGUGUCAGUACAUCAUUGAGAGUGGUGCAGCCUUCCUACUAGUAAACCAUUACACUUCCCUUUUAUGUUUAAUUCCCAGUACUGCUUACUGUACUGUAAGCAACUGUUAGGUUGCUUACAGAAAUUGCCAAAAUAUUUAAUAGAUAAACAUUUAGAGAUAUAAUUAACUUUUGUAUGGCACUUACUACAAAAAGUAUUAAUAUAAACAAAGUCUCGAUACUGUCAAGAAAACCACUGAUGAACAGAAGUACUGGAAUGAGGAGGGUCUGGAAGCCCAGAACACCCUUUGCCUAAUCAAAUCAGAUGUGAUUAAAUUUGAUUUGUUUAGAAGAACCUUCUGGAAGUUCUAAAUAUGAAUGUGGAGGCAGGGAGGGGAUCAAUAUGGUAAUGUUGUAGCCCUAGUGGUUAUGAAGAGGAGAUAAGGGAAAUUCUGUGGUCCCCAGGCUCUGUGCUUGUACAGCUCUGGAGUGAACUUUAUUGCAUUAAUCAAAGAAAACAGUCUAUGCCAGUAGGUGCUCCCUGGGUGAAGGAGCCUUCGCUCUGUCCGUAGCAAGGACACCCAGUCCCAGGGUUCUGGGUGGAAGUUUGGGUUCUGUUCUGUUCAGCAGGGCCCAGAAAAGCUUGUAUCAAAGCCCAAAACAGCUCACAGGUCAGAUUCAUCCCCUAAAUUUGAAGGUGAUGGAUGAUGUUUUCUGAAAAUCUGAAAAGGGGGGAGGUGCAAGCAGAACUGGGAUAGCAUUAAAACCAAAUGCCUCAGGCCUGAGACUUGAGCAAGUGGUGUAUGGAGAUACAACAGUUCUUUAAAUGGUUUCAUUAAGAAUUUAACCAGGGAAGGCUUUCUGAAAAAUAUACUGAAAGGGAAACUCCUGUGCCAUCAUCUAAGCUGCUUGGGUUUAGUUCUCACACUGCAAAAGUAGUAAUUAAGAAAAUCACUUUAGAUUCCUAACCAGCAGACAUGGACAUGUAGUGGGUUUACUUCCACAGCAAUUUCAUCAAUCAGUAUUUCAGUAAUGCAGAUGGAAUUCACAGUAAUUGAAUGUAACGUCCUGCAGUGUCUGUUUCACCACCUUGAAGCAGUGCCCUGCUACAAGGUGGAAAUGCACUGAACUGGUAACUUUAAGGGGACGAAGUUGUUGAAGUAGAGAAUGAACUUGGACUUCUGAAUUUAUUUAAUAGGGCCUUCAAAAUGUCCUUAGCCUUAGCUUGUAAGGUUGCAGUUCCAAAGCAAGGCACAACUUGUCUGAGGUUUAAAAGUUAGUUAUGACCUUGCACCUUGUUAACAGAAAUCAACUAAAAGGACAAAUUUCAAAUCUCCAGACUAUACAAAGGAUUUAUUUUUGCAAGUAUGAUUACUAAAGUUAGGAAUAAUGUUAAUGUAAUGGGGAAGAUUAAAAGCAAGGUGGUCCAAAUGAUGAUGUUUUUGAACUGUUUCCCGUAACAGCUAUACUUAAGAUUAGAUUUUAUUUUUUUAAUUAAAAUUUUUAAUUCUUGAUAUGUUCAAUGAUCAGAGGCUUUUGGAGUAUUUGCAGAUAAUAAAAGCAAUUGCUAAGCUACUUAACUGCACCCUGCAGAAGUGUUUUCUUAAAGGUAAUGUAACAGCAGAAAUGAGUGAAAGUGAGAAGUAAUUAAGGAUCCCCCCAAAUAAAUUGCCUGUAUUUUCUGUCUUGUUUUAUAGUCUUCAAUUGGAUGGGAAUUAUUUAUUUUAUGAAAGUGUGCAUGUGUUUUCAUGAUGUUUGUGUAACUGCUUUGUAUAAGAAACCUGCUGUGCAAAUUACCCUGAAAUCCUUUGACCAUUGUUUCUCUGGUUGUACUUCACAUGUUGGUUGGCACAUGUUGCACAAAAAGGUCAUUGUUUACAUUAAAUUAAUUACAGUAGUUUUAAGGAGAGUCCUUUAACAUAAAUGUAUUAACUAUACAUUUAAUAGUGAAACAGAAUAAAGACAUCUCUUUCACACCUA